GAAGUUCACCCAGAAGAUGUCAAAAGAUGCAGGCAACCCAGUGCAAGCAGAAAUGCCGCGAAUAUCCCGACUGGUGGAGAAUCAAAAUGACGAGCGUUUUAUCAACAACGACUAUCGAGAAUCACCGCCGAGGGAAGUUUUGUUUUGGUUGCGCCGGCGGGCAAGAGUAUUGUGGAGCUAUUCGAUGGUAAAAAAAUGUCUUCCGGUACUGUCCUGGUUACCCAAGUAUCAGUGCUCGUACGUGAUGUACGAUGUAAUAGCAGGUAUCACCGUCGCCUUAACUGCUAUCCCACAAAGCAUCGCAUACGGCAUCCUUUCCAACCUAGGCCCAGAGUACGGGCUGUACUCGAACGUGUUGGGUUGCCUGGCGUACGCUGUGUUCGGCAGUGUGAAGGAUGUUACGAUUGCUCCAACAUCGCUCACCGCCAUAAUGGUGCAAGACGUUGUGAAGGAACUGGAAUAUGGUACGGCCCUGCUCACGUUCCUGGCCGCUGUGGUAACUAUCUCUUUCGGUGUCUUAAAUCUGGGAGUGCUCGUAAGAUUUAUUUCUAUACCUGUUGUGAUGGGCUUCACAUCCGCUGCUUGUUUGACCAUCGGAAGCGCUCAAAUACGCUCCCUGUUGGGCAUUAAAACGCAAGGAAAGCGUAGCGACUUUGUUACCUCCUGGACAAACGUAUUCACCCAUCUGGAUGAAGUUCGAAUGGCCGAUUGUCUGCUUGGUUGUUGUUCGAUCUUUGUUCUCUGUUCUUUGCGGCUAACAAAAGACUUGGGCGAAGGGAGAUGGCGAACUUUUUUCAAAUAUUUUGCUUUGUUACGAAACGCACUGAUUGUAGUGAUAGGAGCCGCACUGGCAUACUGCCUGACGACGGAUAUGGACAAUCCCAUCUUUAACUUGACCGGCCACGUUCCGGCCGGAUUGCCCAGCUUUCAAGUGCCUCCGUUUUCGUACACGAAUGAAAACGGUACCGUGUACAGUUUUGUCGAUAUGUUACAUGUAAUGCGAACUUCGAUCAUUACAAUCCCGCUAGUUACCACACUGGAAAUUGUGUCGGUUGGCAAAGCAUUUUCGAAGGGAAAAAUUAUAGACGCCACCCAGGAAAUGAUUGCGCUAGGAAUUGCCAAUCUGCUCGUCUCGUUUUGUUCCCCAUUGCCCGUAGCUGGUUCGUUUACCCGGUCGGCGCUGAAUCACAGCAGUGGCGUUCGAACAACGAUGAGCUGUGCGGUAACGGCUGUGAUGUUGACACUGUCCCUGGCCUUGCUCACCAAUGCGAUAUACUACAUUCCCAAGACAACACUCGCAUCGGUGGUCAUUGCGGCAAUGCUGUUUAUGGUGGAUUACGAAGAAAUCGGCAACAUUUGGCGUACCAAAAAGCUGGACAUGAUUCCUUUUUUGGCAACGGCUUUGGCCUGUUUGUUCUACGAGCUAGACUACGGUAUACUGGUAGGCAUCGGCAUAAACUGUUGCCUAUUGCUGUAUCUGAUGUCCUGUCCCGGGCUAUCGGGAGAAGAGAUUCAGCUGGUUGGGCUGCGGAUACUGUUGGUCAAGAUUGAUCAAUCGCUUGCCUUUUCCUCUGCCGAAUGCUUACGUGAUUGGAUAAUGAAACGGAUUGUGCAGCGCGAUAACAUCGAUCUCGUGGUGAUUGAUGGACAGAAUGUUCAUUUUGCCGACACGACGGUAGUUAAGAACUUUGUCAAUAUCGAGGAGGAUCUGAAUACGCGACAGAUACGGCUCAUGUUAUGGCGCUUUCAGGCCAAUGUAGCCCUAGCGCUACUGCGCAUGCGAAAGGAACUUUUCAUCGGAAUGCUGCGAGCGGAUGUGCAGCUACAGGAUGCUGUUGCACGAUGGAAAUAUCUGAACCAAUUACCACUGGAUUCCAUCAACUGA